AGCAGACAGACACACACUUUAGAUAAGGACAAUUAGUCACCAGCGAGACCCUGUGGGAAGACAGGUUUAAAUCAGAGGGAUUUAAUGAGGGUGCUCUGUGCCUUCCCUGAAGCCAUGCCCUCCAGCAACUCCCACCCCCCCUCGUGCCUAGCCCCAGUGGCUCUCUUCUUGGCUCUAUUGCUCCAUCUCUUCCUUUCCUCCCAAGCUGGAGACAGGAGACCCUUGCCUGUAGACAGAGCUCCAGGUUUGAAGGAAAAGACUCUGAUUCUACUUGAUGUGAGCACCAAGAACCCAAUCAGGACAGUCAAUGAGAACUUCCUCUCUCUGCAGCUGGAUCCGUCCAUCAUUCAUGAUGGCUGGCUCGAUUUCUUAAGCUCCAAGCGUCUGGUGACUCUGGCCCGGGGACUUUCGCCAGCCUUUCUGCGCUUUGGGGGUAAACGGACUGACUUCCUGCAGUUCCAGAACCUGAGGAACCCGGCGAAAAGCCGCGGGGGGCCCGGCCCGGAUUACUAUCUAAAAAACUACGAGGAUGACAUUGUUCGAAGUGAUGUUGCCUUGGAUAAACAGAAGGGCUGCAAGAUUGCCCAGCACCCUGAUGUUAUGCUGGAGCUCCAACGGGAGAAGGCAGCUCAGAUGCAUCUGGUUCUUCUAAAGGAACAAUUCUCCAAUACUUACAGUAAUCUCAUAUUAACAGCCAGGUCUCUAGACAAACUUUACAACUUUGCUGAUUGCUCUGGACUCCACCUGAUAUUUGCUCUAAAUGCACUGCGUCGCAAUCCCAAUAACUCCUGGAACAGUUCUAGUGCCUUGAGUCUGUUGAAGUACAGUGCCAGCAAAAAGUACAACAUUUCUUGGGAACUGGGUAAUGAGCCAAAUAACUAUCGGACCAUGCAUGGCCGGGCAGUAAAUGGCAGCCAGUUGGGAAAGGAUUAUAUCCAGCUGAAGAGGCUAUUGCAGCCCAUCCGGAUUUACUCCAGAGCCAGCUUAUAUGGCCCCAAUAUUGGGCGGCCCAGGAAGAAUGUCAUCACCCUCCUAGAUGGAUUCAUGAAGGUGGCAGGGAGCACAGUGGAUGCAGUUACCUGGCAACAUUGCUACAUUGAUGGCCGGGUGGUCAAGGUGAUGGACUUCCUGAAAACUCGCCUGUUAGAUACACUCUCUGACCAGAUUAGGAAAAUUCAGAAAGUGGUUAACACAUACACCCCAGGAAAGAAGAUUUGGCUUGAAGGUGUGGUAACCACCUCAGCUGGAGGCACAAACAACCUAUCAGACUCCUAUGCUGCAGGAUUCUUAUGGUUGAACACUUUAGGAAUGCUGGCCAAUCAGGGCAUUGAUGUUGUGAUACGGCACUCAUUUUUUGACCAUGGAUACAAUCACCUCGUGGACCAGAAUUUUAACCCAUUACCAGACUACUGGCUCUCUCUCCUGUACAAGCGUUUGAUUGGCCCCAAAGUCCUGGCCGUGCACGUGGCGGGGCUCCAGCGGAAGCCACGGCCAGGCCGAGUGAUCCGGGACAAACUGAGGAUUUAUGCUCACUGCACAAACCACCACAACCACAACUACGUUCGCGGGUCCAUCACACUUUUCAUCAUCAACCUGCACAGAUCAAGAAAGAAAAUCAAACUGGCUGGGACUCUCAGGGACAAGCUUGUGCACCAGUAUCUGCUGCAGCCCUACGGACAGGAGGGCCUGAAGUCCAAGUCAGUGCAGCUGAACGGCCAGCCCUUGGUGAUGGUGGACGAUGGGACCCUCCCCGAAUUGAAGCCCCGCCCCCUGCGGGCCGGCCGGACAUUGGUCAUCCCUCCAGUCACCAUGGGCUUUUAUGUGGUCAAGAACGUCAACGCUUUGGCCUGCCGCUACCGAUAAACCACCCUCACGUCACACAGUGCCCACAGGUCUGCUGGACCGCUUUCCACUCUUCUGCCCCAAUAGUACUCUCGUUUUUCCAGACAUCUUAGCAACAAACCAGUCUCUGCUGCCCCGUCCUGCUGGAAUCAACAUAGACUUGCUCUGCCCAGGUAGCCUGAGCAUAGCCAAUGGAGGUCACAUCCACCCUUAAGGGAACUGUGGACACCGCCUGCACCUAUAGAAGGAUGA